AUGGCUCAGCCUCCUCCCGUGUGGCAAAUUCCCUUAUACCAAAUGAGCCUGGAUGAAGCCCACGCCUAUUUGAUCCAAGAACUAUCCCGCCCUCUCACCCCACGCGACCAAGAGUUGAGAUCCUCCUUGAAGGAAUUCUUCACCGCGUGGCACCAUUCGGAUAAUGUUCUGGCUGUCUGUGGAAUACUUGACGAGUUGCUGUUCGGCCGCCUCUUAGGGCACCGUGUUGGUUAUGUCCAUCUGCCUAUGACUCCCCUGGGAAUGACAGAACUUUGCCACGAACACAGCAUUCUCAGUCGCGAUUGGUUACCACCUCACAAUUAUACCGUAAUCUCCGCUUUGCGCUGGGAUUUGGUGGACCAUCUACAAAAUGGACCGGGAUGUACAAUACGAAAAAGCUAUGCCGGCUUAUGGGGCACCCUAAUUCACGAAAUGCUGCAUGCAUACACCAUUCUGGCUACUGCAACAGGGGAAGACAUUGAAACAUGCCACUGCGGCAUUAAAACCGAACACGGUCCCAAGUGGACUAAGACCAUCACCAUGCUGGCGGCAAGACUGAAUCUCGGAAUCACUCCAGACGACAUGACGAACCGUCUGGAGGUAUGCCACGAGCCCGGCGAAUUGGUAUCCAUCAGAGACUACACCGGCCUGAAGCGAACCGACGGACGACGUUACAGCCAUAGUCAGACGUACGAGGUCAUCCGCAACACGAAAUACUCGAGGGACGACGCCGAAGGACGAGUCCUCCCCUUGUUAUCCGAUCCAAUCACCGCAGCAACAGAGUUGCCAGAGUUGUCGGAGCAGGACCUUGGACCAUUAUCCCCAACCCAAGAACCACAAGCAAAAGAGGAAAACCUGCCAUGCCACAGACCUCGCAGACGCCGAGAAACCUUUCCCGGGCGUAUGAUAGAAGAUUUCCUUGGAAUAAUGCGACUCGAUUGUACGGGUGAGACGAUGGCGACGCCGUAUGUAGGCAACUACUGGCAAUGUGAGUAG